GCGGUUCCGGUUCGGCCGAGAGCGGUUCCGGGGCCAUGGGGCGGCAGUGAAGCAGCUGUGGAAGAGGUGGGGGGUCGGGUGGGAUUCGCCAUGAGGUACAACGAGCGGGAGCUGCUGUCCCUGGCCCGGCAGCCCGCAGAGAAGGCGGCAGAGAUCAUGAUGCGGGUGCCCAAGAAAGGGAGCGUGUUGAAGAAACGCCUCGUGAAGCUUGUGGUCAACUUUCUCUUCUACUUCCGGACAGACGAAGCAGAGCCCAUUGGAGCUCUGCUGCUGGAGCACUGCAGGAUCACCAAAGAGGAGGAGAAUGUCUUCUCAAUCAGUUUCAUUGAGGAGCCAGAGAGGAAAUACUGCUUCGAGUGUGCCAGUGAGCAGCAGUGUCAGGAGUGGAUCGAGGCUCUCAAGAGAGCCAGCUAUGAGUUCAUGAGGAGGAGCUUGAUCUUCUACAGGAAUGAGAUCCAGAAAAUGACAGGGAAGGACCCCCUGGAGCAGUAUGGGAUCUCGGAGGAAGCCCGCUUCCAGCUGGGAACACGCAAGCAAUAAUCCCCUCACCUGGGCUGAGAUGGCUUCUGGCCCCAGGCUCACCCCAGAGGGUCCCCCCAGAGCUCCCUCCCCGGGAAGAAGAGCAGCAGUUCCCCACAGUGGUGACCAAGUGACUUUUUAAUUUAUUAGCCAGAUCAUUUUGUAUGAUUUUUUUAAAAAAAAAAAAGGAAUUCACACACAUUCCCACUUGCCCAGCUGUGGAGGCAGCCAGUGGCAGCUGCUCCCUGCAGACUGUGUGCCCUUAGCAGAGACAGAGCUUGAGCAGAGCUGGCAGCCUUCUGGCCUGGAGCUUCUGGGACAGGCCCUGAGCCAGCUCUAGCCCUCCUGUUCCUCCCUUUCCCUCUCCUGCAGGGAGAUGCUCAGUUUUUCUGGCUCAGGAUCUUCCUGCAGUCUCCAUCCCAAGGGUUGUUCAUCCCCUUGCUGUAUGGAUGCUCCAACUGAGUGCCUGUCUGUGCUUGUGCCCUCUCCAGAGGCAGCACCAGAGUGUUGAGCAAGGAGGAGCAGGAAGCCUCUCACCAGCACCAGCAGAGCUCAGCCACAGCUCCAGCUGACAGGGGGGGAUCAUCCACUCUCCCCUGUCAAGGCAGCAGUGGCUGCACAGCCACUCACCCCUGCCUCUUGGGGUGGUUUUCUUUUUCCUCUCACUGGGCAGGUGGUGCUAAUCCCUAGAGGCUUGAAGUCCACAGCAGAGCUCUCCCACAAAUGUGUUAAAAAAGCUGCAAAGCACAAGGGAGCAGAGAGAGGUCUGAGGCACCUGUGUGGUGCUCCUGCCUCCUGCUGCAGUGCUGUGAGCUGGGCUAAGCUGUGCAGUUAUUCAGUUUCCCAGAGAGGAGAGCCAGAUGGAGAGGUCUGCAUGGAUGGGAUCUGCUCAGCUUUUGGCUUUGGGGCAUGCAGAAGUUAAGCCCAGGGAGUGUGUGGCAGCUGGGCAUUAACAAUUCAUUCCCCAAGCCCUUGCUGCAGCUCUUUGUGAGUAUCUGAAGGAAAGAGCAGAAAACUGCCAAGGUCACAGUGAGCUCCCAGGGAACAAGGGCUGUGAGAUAAGGAUUAAGGAACGUUUCUCCUCGAGGCUCUGCACCUUCAGCCCUUGCUCUGGCUUUGGGAAGGAAAACUGUACCCAGAGAUAGGAUAAAAAGACAGCCCUCAGCCUCAGGAGACCCAGUGUCCUGACUCCUGCAACAGGUCCCCCUGGAACUAGACCAGGAAAAGCUCCAGGAAAGGCCUUGGGUAAUGUUUUCAGGCAGCUGAUGGCAGAAGGAACUCAGCUCACUCCUGGGGCAGGUGAGCACAGCACAAGGGCUUGGGAGUUGCUGCUCCAGGCUCUGUUCCUCCUGGCUGGCAGGAGGCUGCUCUGCAGGGAACCAGCUCGUGGUGAGCAAGGUGGGGCAGAGCAGCCUGUGCCAGCAGCUGGGCUGGGAGAGAAGUUCUGGGUCUCUUUGGGUGGGAAUUAAUGCCAAAAUGAGAGCCCAUAUGUAGCUUUAGUGGCCUGGCCUUUUCCUCUUUACCUCAUGCUGCUCAGUCCCCGGAGGGUGGCAGAUGUCACUGAUGCUUUAUUUUUAACCUCAAAGCCAAGACUCUUCCUUUCCCUCCCCAGAUCCUCCCUCUCCCUUCACUGAUUCCAGGUGCUUGCUCCAGAAAUUACCAAAAUAAGCAGAGGGACAGCUGUCCUGCAUAAUAAACUGAGGGCAUGACAGGGUGAGAGCAGAGAACAGGACAGAUGGCAGCUCCAGUGGAAGCAGCAAGGAGGGAUUAGAAGCAGGAACAUAGGAGAGCUUGUGCUCUAGGGAAUCAGUGUCCUCAGAUGACUUUAAAGUGCAUUUUAAUCCUCACAAGCCUCAUCUGCUUUACCUCAGCACAGGGCAUGUUCCUGCCAUGCUGGUGGCAUACACAGCAGCUUUACUUACUGUGAAAAAGAGACUUGGCUGUCUGGUCAUUCACAAGAGGGCAGAGGGACACCCUCCAGGCUCAGCAGGAGAAGCAGAGCUGUGCUGCAGCCCAGACAGACCCAGGCUCCCCAGCACUGCUGUCCCAGCUCCUCAGCCUUGGCCUUGGCUUUCCCACAGCUCCUGCCAGCCCACAUCAGGCAGAACACAUCCCAACUCAGCUCCCCAGGGUUCAGCAUCAGGGAAUUCUUCAAUCUGCAAAGUCAGCCCCCUUCAAAACAAACCCCCUGGGAGUUCUGCCAAUGUUGGGUGGUUUCUAGAGAACAGAACCCUCGUGCUGGAGCCUGGCUCACCCUUCCUGCCACAGCUCACAGCCCGGGUGCCUUCCAGGGCUCUCCCUGGUGUCCUCUUCACACGCCUGCCAGGGCAGAGCUGACACCCAGCCUCUUCACUGGAUGUACAAUGGGCAUUUUGUGUAGAUCUUAUGGGGAACAGUUGGGUGAGCAAGAGAUAAUCCAAACACUUAUUUAAGAGGCAACAAUGAAAUUUCUUAACUGAAUGUAAGACAAAUGCUGUGAACAGUUUACACAGGGCAGCAGCUGGCCCAGUAACUUAGAUCAACGUCCAGACUAGCACUGGGACACUGGGUCAGGUUUCAAGCUUAAGGGAAGAUGGUACUGCUGUAGAUACUUUGAGAUCUGCAUCAACUGCUGGUGAUUUGUAGACAAUUGUUCAGUUUUUAUGCUCUGGUCCCUGUACUUUUUGUAUUUCAGUGGCCUGGUCCAGUGAGUGCUGGGUACAGGCUCCCUGGAAGUGUACUGAACCCAUUUAUCUCUUGUACAGCCAACAUUUCCAAUAAAAAAACAUGUUUUAAUCUU